AUGGACCUUCAAACGAGGGUCAAAGCAUAUCGCUUUGUUGCCUACUCGGCUGUGGCAUUCUCAGUCGUCGCUGUACUCUCUGUAUGCAUUACCUUGCCAAUGGUCUACAAGUACGUGCAUCAUGUAAAGCGACACAUGCAAAACGAAAUAAUCUCUUGUAGGGGCUCUGCCAAGGAUAUUUGGUCCGAAGUGCGUACUUUAAGGAUCGCAGCUCAACCUGAAUCCAACAGAACUGCUCGUCAGGCUGGCUAUGGCGAUGCUGAAGUACACACCAACACCAACAAGGGGUCGCGUGGUGGUUGUGAAUCUUGCUGCAUUAAAGGAGCUGCGGGUCCUGGAGGUGUCCCUGGAGCACCUGGAAAACCUGGUAGACCUGGAGCACCGGGCACACCAGGCAACCCUGGAAAGCCUCCUGUUCAACCAUGCAACCCUAUCACUCCACCCCCUUGCAAGCCUUGUCCCCAGGGACCACCAGGCCCACCGGGUCCACCUGGACCGUCAGGAGACGCAGGUGCUCCUGGAAAGCCUGGAAAUGCAGGAACUGAAGCUGCAUCAGGAGCACCCGGCCCAAAGGACCACCUGGACUGCCCGGUGGAGAUGGUAAACCAGGAGCGAAUGGCGAAGCCGGCGCUCCGGCUGAGUCCGUGCCUCUGGUUCCAGGAGAACCCGGACCUGCCGGAUCACCUGGUCCAGCAGGAGAGCCUGGACCAAAUGGACAACCAGGAGAUGCCGGGGCACCUGGACCUGCUGGUCCCAAAGGGCCUUCCGGAUCACCAGGCACACCUGGAGCUGAUGGUAACUCUGGAGCGCCUGGUCAAGCUGGUACAGCAGGAUCACAAGGAGAAAAAGGAAUUUGUCCAAAAUAUUGCGCUAUCGAUGGUGGAGUGUUUUUCGAGGACGGAACUCGACGAUAGAUUCCUGAUCAAUACGCCAAUAAAUCUUUACAUAGCAUGA